AUGAGCGCGGCGACGUACGCACCACAGCCGCCAAAUGGCGGGCCAGCCGGUCCAGGCGGCUCGCGACCUUCGAGCGGCGCCGGCUUCAACGGUGGGGAGCGCAAGUUCGCCCACCUGGAUGACCUGAAGCGCAUGGCGCUGGAAGGCUUCCAUCGGAAUGGCUCGGCUCAGCAGCUACUCCAGGACGCGGACGUCGCGCUCAACCAGUCCACCAACCUACUCGACUUCUCCCGGAGGCCCGAUCUGGCAUACGUCGAGUACUUGAGGGCGUUCGAGAUUGUGGCGGAAGUACUGCCGCAUCACAAGAGCUGGCCAGACUUGAAGAUGGACAAUGGAGGCAUGAAUCAGAAACACCAGCUGCUGCUGAGGAAGUUGAAUGUGCAGGGCGAACGGUUCCAGAAGAUCAAGGAGAUUAUUGUGAACAACAACCGGAGGAGCGGCGUGCAGCCGACAUCAAAUGGGGCAGGUCCGUCAUCAACGGUUGGUAUGCCACCACAGCAGAGCGGAAAUGGGGUGAAUGGAAAUGCUGGAGGGCAAAAGAUUAAGCCUACACCUUCGCCGAAGCCAGAGAGUAUGCAUGCGAAGGCCGUACCGCCCGCGACGACUAUCGCGGCAGCAGGAGAUGCCCUCAAAGACCGUCUGGCCGCUCUACGCACCAAGAACGCAGCAAUAGAGACAGGUCGACCGGACUCCCGAGGUUCCACUCACUCUUCAAUACAUAGCUCGCCAACUUCAAUCUCGAUGCCAAACGCGGGUGACUACGGCAGCAGAGACUCCUUCGACAGUCUGACAGGUGGUGUUUCACGACUGUCGAUGAGCUCCGCACAAAGACCGCUGGGACCCAGAGGGAUGCCGAACGGUAACGGAGGGCCACCAUUACCAGGCAAGCUACCACUCAAUACCAGCUUUGCUGCCAUGCCGCAAGAACCGAAAGCCACGUAUAGCCCAGCGAGGAACAUGCAAGCACAGGGCAACAUCGACCUGCCUCGGCAGACACCUAGGAGUUUAGUGUCGACCAGCAGCAGGAAGUCUUCGCUGGCACCCUCUUCAUCCGCCUCGUACCAUGCACCAAAUGGCGCUCAAUCGUCUACAGAACCGGGCGACUACUUCCCACCACUUUCUCGUCCUACCUCGAACUCGGUACAGCCUGGCCAGCUCCCUCGACGGAGGUCGGUCAAUGCGCCUGAGACCAGCAUCAGCGCUCAACGGCUCUACGACUAUCUAGAUCGAUACAACGUCCUUCUGCUCGACUUCCGGCCACGUCAAGAGUUCGAUUACGGCCACAUCUUCCAUCGAAGCGUCGUGUGCAUCGACCCCAUUCACGUUACACGAGGCAUGAGCGCCGAUGAGCUGCUGGAUCGCAUGGUGAUCAGUCCGGACAUUGAGCAGGAGAUGUUCAUGAACAGGGACAAGUACGACAUCAUUGUGUACUACGAUACUGGAACGCGGUCGGAGACGUUCAUGACCCACCCUAGUACCGAGUUGGAGACUAAGCUGAAGUACUUGCAUGAGGCACUUUUUGAUUUCAAUCAGGAUAAGCCAUUGCAGCGGCCGCCCAUACUACUUGUUGGAGGCAUCGAUGCUUGGGCGGAUCUAGUCGGAUCGCAAGCAUUGGCGACCAGCGACACUUCGUCCAGAGCCAAGCCUGGCCGGCCUCUUCAAAGACGGCCAGUCCCAGGGCCGUUACAGAAUCGCAAGCGAAGACUGAGGGAAUACAACCCGCUUGACGAAGACGAAGAGCGCAAAUGGCGAGAACGGGCGAGAGCUGAGAGUGUUGUGCUAACGCCUCCUGCCGUGACCGAAGAACCGGAAGGACUACCAGUAGACGGCAUCCCAGAAGAGGAAGAGGAGCCGUCAACGCCGUACAACGCUACUAUUGAUAGCUUCAACCAGCGAUUCCCGGAGGCUGGCGAGCUGGAUCGGUAUGCUUUUGGACCGUUGGAGCCGAAGCGCGCACCGCCUGCGCCGCCUCCGAAAGUGCCGCUCGCAAACUACCCGCGCGCACCUCCGGCUUCUGUGUACCCAUCAAUACCUGCGCGGCCUAUGCCCGCCGCGCCACGGCCGAGCUAUACUGGUGUCUCAGAUCGUGCUGGCGCGCAGAAUGUCCCUGCUGCUCGAUCUUCCAGUAUGGUGCCUUAUAUUCCUGCGAAGUACCUCUCAAGCUCGUUCAAGAUACCCCAGACUGGCCUCAUCAACUUUAGAUUCACCUGCUACAUGAAUGCAACGCUGCAAGCUUUGUCCGCCACAAAAGCACUCAGCAUCUUCUUCAUGGAAGAAGCCUUCCGGAAGCACAUCCAGCGAGAAAACUGGAAAGGAACCAAAGGCAUCAUGCCCGAACUCUACGCCAACGUCAUCCAGUCGCUCUGGAAAAACGACGUCUCCUGCAUCAAACCCACCUCCUUCCGCAAAUUCUGCGGCCGCCAAAACAGCGAAUGGAUGAACGACAGCAAAGAGCAAGACGCCAAAGAAUUCUUCGACUUCCUCCUCGACUGCCUGCACGAAGACCUCAACAUCCAAUGGUCCAAGCCCCCGCUGCGCGAACUCACCACCGCCGACGAAAUCAAGCGCGAGCGCAUGCCCAAAUCCGUCGUCGCCCAGGUCGAGUGGGCCCGCUACACGCGCCGCAACCAGUCCUUCCCCCUCACCCUCUUCGGUGGCCAGUACAGCAGUCUACUCCGCUUUGCGGGAUGCGGCCACACCAGCACCACUCACGAAGCCUUCUACGCCCUUUCGGUGGAAAUCCCGACGCACAUCCGCGACCGCCAAAUUACCCUCGACGACUGCAUCCGCUCCUUCUGCCAGGAAGAACGCCUCGACGUGCAGGAACGCGCGAAAUGCGACCAGUGCAACGAACGUCGCGACUCGACCAAACAGCUCACCUUCACCCGCGCCCCGCAGUACCUCGUCAUCCACUUCAAGCGCUUCAACCAGUCCCGGCAUCGGGCGACGAAAAUCGACGUCCCCAUCGACUUUCCCCUCGAAAACUUCGACCUCGGACCGUACAUGCUCCCUUCCCCCUCACAAUCAGAAUCCGAGCUCAUCGCGAGAGACUACGGUAGCGACUACCUCCGUCCCGACCCCACGAUGACGGGUCCGUACACGUACAGCGCGUACGCGGUCAUCCGCCACAUAGGCCGGGACAUCGAGAGCGGACAUUACACGAGUCUGGUGAGGGAUUUGGGUAGGAGUACGUGGAGGUGUUUUAACGAUGACAAGUUUACGGAUUUUGAGCCGGGCAGGGGCGGGUGGAGUGGCAGGAGUGCGGUGCAGAAUCAUGAGGCGUAUAUUGUGUUUUAUCAGAGGAAUAAUGGGGUCGGGGCUGGGGGGCAGCCGCCUUUGGGGCCGGGGGGUGUCGGGAAGAUUUAG